CAGCCCGCCGGGCUGCGCGGCGGAGGCAGGCGCGGGGGCGCAGUAGUGGCAGGGCGCACCCCUGGCCCCGAGAUCCAACUCCCGGCUGGCCGGUGUAAGUUGCACCGCCGGCGGAGAGCUGGCUGCUGGGCACCGGCGGGCCAUGCCGGCGGUCAAGAAGGAGCUUACGGGUCGCGAGGACCUGGCCCUCGCCCUGGCCGCCUUCCACCCGGCCUUGGCCGCUCUGCCCCUGCCGCCGCUGCCCGGCUACCUGGCGCCGCUGCCCGCCGCAGCCGCCCUGCCCCCAGCCGCCUCGCUGCCCGCCCCGGCCGCGGGCUACGAGGCGCUGCUGGCCCAGCCGCUUCAGCAGCCGCGCGCCUUUCCCUCGCCUCCCCGAGACCUGCUGGCCCUCGAGCGCUUCUCGGCCUCCGCGGCCGCGGCGCCAGACUUCCAGCCGCUGCUGGACAACGGCGAGCCCUGCAUCGAGGUGGAGUGUGGCGCCAACCGCGCGCUGCUCUACGUGCGCAAACUCUGCCAGGGCAGCAAAGGCCCCUCCAUCCGCCACCGCGGCGAGUGGCUCACGCCCAACGAGUUCCAGUUCGUCAGCGGCCGCGAGACGGCCAAGGACUGGAAGCGCAGCAUCCGCCACAAAGGAAAAAGUCUGAAGACGCUUAUGUCCAAGGGAAUCCUGCAGGUGCAUCCUCCGAUUUGCGACUGUCCGGGCUGUCGAAUAUCCUCGCCAGUGAACCGGGGUCGGCUGGCAGACAAGAGGACAAUUGCCCUACCCCAGACACGUGGCCUGAAGAAGGAGAGGACUCCCAGCUUCUCUGCCAGUGAUGGUGACAGCGAUGGUGGUGGCCCAGGCUGUGGGUGGCGGCCAUGCCUGAAGGAGGAGGAUGCCCCACACGUCCGUAUCAUGAAAAGAAGGGUCCACACCCACUGGGAUGUGAACAUCUCUUUCCGAGAGACAUCCUGCAGCCAGGACAGCAGCCUUCCUACUCUCAUAUCCAGUGUACAUCGAAACCACCACCUCGUUAUGCCUGAGCACCAGAGUCGCUGUGAAUUCCAGAGAGGCAGUGUGGAGAUUGGCUUGGGACCCACAGGUGAUUUGUUAGGCAAAAGGCUGGGCUGCACCGCCCCCUACAUCAGCAGUGACUGCUCGCCAGAAAAGCGGGCCAGAAGCAAGUCCCCCCAAGAGACCCUGCUGCUGCCAGAACUGGGGCCCAGCAUGGCCCCCGAAGACCACUACCGUCGGCUUGUGUCAGCCCUCAAUGAGGCCAGCACCUUUGAGGACCCUCAGCGUCUCUACCCACUGGGCCUCCCAAGCCACGAUUUCCUGAGGGUCCGGCAGGAGGUGGCAGCUGCAGCUUUGAGGAGUCCCAGUGGCCUGGAUGUCCACCUGCCCUCAUCCGCAGCAGGUCAGCGCAGAAAGCAGGGCCUGGCACAACACCGCGAGGGCCCCACGCCAACUGCUACCGCGUCCUUCUCCGAGAGGGAGCUGUCGCAGCCGACCCCCUUGCUGUCGCCCCAGAAUGCCUCCCACAUCGCCCUGGGUUCCCAUCUCAGGCCCCCCUUUUUGGGGGUGCCCUCGGCUCUGUGCCAGACCCCAGGGUAUGGCUUCCUACCCACUGCCCAGGCGGAGAUGCUGGCCCGGCAGCAGGAGCUCCUUCGGAAGCAAAGCCUAGCUCGGAUGGAAAUGUCAGCGGAGCUGCUUCGGCAAAAGGAGCUGGAGAGCGCUCUUCGACCGCAGCUGCUGGCGCCAGAGGCGGCCAUGCGCGCCCCAGACAGUACUGAGGAGCUGCAGCGGCGCGGGGCGUUGCUGGUGCUGAAACACAGCUCGGCGCCACUGCUAGCCCUGCCGCCCCAAGGCCCACCGGGCCCAGGCCCUCCUACUCCACCCCGAGAGUCUGCCCGCCGAGCUUCCCGGAAAGGGGGCACCGCUUCUGCCCCAGCCCAGCCCAGCGAGUCUAAAGAGGCAACUGGGACUGUGCUCUGGACUCAAGAUGGCACAGAGGACGAGCCUGCCAAAGACUCAGAUGGAGAGGACCUGGAGAUGGCAGUUGCUGGGAGCCAGGAUUCUACCUCGAGCCAAGCCCCCGCUGGAGAGGGUAGCAUGGAGGGGAAAAGGCCUCUCUCAGGGUCUGCCCUACCCCCACCACCGCCACUGGGCUUCCCCUACACAGUUAGCCCCUACUUCCACACAGGCACCAUGGGAGGGCUCUUCUCGGAUGGAGAGGCGGCCACAGCUCCUGAAGACAUCGGCAAGUGGACAGUGGAUGAUGUCUGCAACUUUGUAGGGGGCCUGUCUGGCUGUGCGGAGUAUACUCGGGUGUUCAGAGAACAAGGGAUCGAUGGGGAGACUCUGCCUCUGCUGACUGAAGAGCACCUGCUCACCACCAUGGGGCUGAAGUUGGGGCCUGCCCUCAAGAUCCGGGCCCAGGUGGCCAAGCGCCUGGGCCGAGUUUUCUACAUGGCCAGCUUCCCUGUGGCUCUGCCACUACAGCCACCACCAACCCUUCAGGGUCCUGAAGAGCUCACCCCAGGAGAUCAGUCACUGACAGCCACCUCCCCCUAUGGGGGGAGCCACCCCUCUGUGGGACGAGCUUCACCCAAGCAAGGAAAUGGAACCGCGCCCAUGGCUCUGCUCCCUGGGGCCCCAGACCCUUCCCAACCUCUGUGCUGAGAAUGCGGGUAGGCCACUGGCAUGCCCCAGCUCCAUAUGUGGUCCCCUAACCCCCAUCCCUGAGCAUUUUUUUCCUUUCAUUUCUGGAUUCAAAAACACUGAGAAUUUUUAAAAGGAAGAACAUGUGACUUGAGAAGGGCAAGUUUUCAGAGACUCUGGGGAUAACUGCAAGAUAUACAGACAAACCAAAGACAAGGAAAACAGACCAGGAGCUCGCCUGCAGCCUUGGGAGUAAGGCUAGUCUUGGUCCGGGCAGCAGGCAGACUCCAUCAUGCUUGUACCCAGGUCGGCACAGUUCCCAUUGCCUGGUCUGCCAUGCUGGGACUGCUGACUGCCCUUCAGGGGGCAGACCCCGGUCUCAAGACCCCGAGGGCACUGCAGGAGACCUAGUCCUCCUCUGAAAGCUGCAGAUCCUCCAGUUCAUCCUGUGGCCCCUCAGCCAGCCGCCAUAGCUCACCAGGGAUCAGCCCCGCCUCUGCGUCUGGGUCUCCAUCUGUAAGAAGAGUCCAGACUACAUAAAUUCUGCUUUAUCAGGAAGAAACCAGUCUUAGAGGUUACUCAUCACUAAUUAACCGCAGCACUAAUUAAUUUAUUGGUGCCGCUUUAGCUGGUUGCCAGAGCCCCUGAGAACAGAACAGCUGGCUUGGCAUCCCAGCACGGAGCACAAGCCUGGCUUAGAGCCACCCUCCUGCAGCGACUGCCAGAUGGGCUCUAGGGCCAGCCUCCUUGGCCUGGGAACUACUCACCUCCCGAGACACUGCUGUCCUCUUCCUCUUCAUCUUCCUGGUCAUCCCCAUCAUCCUCUUCCACUUCUGCCUCCUGCUGACCUCUUAGGGAUCCAGCUGUCCCUGGAGACCAAGAAGAGCCUAUGUUCAUGGCUCUUCCCCAAAGGCACAGUAGGAAUGCCUAGGCAGGAGGCGGGUCCAGGCUCACAGCCCUGCUUGGACACACACUCCUACACACAGGUGUAAAGUAUACUAUAGUUAGGGAAGUUCCCUGCCCGAGCCCAGGGAGACCCUCACCUCAGAGAGAAAGGAAAAACCCGUGGCUGAGAGACUGUCUCUCAGUGUUUGCCCCACUAGGCCAGAUUUGGGUCCCCUCAUGCCUGCCCCUUCUCAUACCGUACAUGCUGAAGCAGUGCAGGCCCACCUCUCUCUGAGAAGUCUGUGAUUUCCUCAUCCUCAGAACUAUCCAGGUCAAACAGGUCUUUGAACUCCCUUCUGUCCUCCUCCUUCCUAUCCUCUGCCUUCCGCCGCUUGAUCUCGGGGAAGUUCAGCUCUUCCAGCUGGAGAAUAAACCACACAGCAGGUGGAGUUGGGGGGAGCUGAGCACCUAGCCCCAGCUACCUUUUCACCUCAGCUCGCCCACAACCUGAGCCAGGCUCUGCAGCAGGUCUGCUUUGUGGCCAGUAGUUACCAGGCUUUACCCAAACCCCACGUCCCAUUCCUCCCUCCCUUGGUGGCUCUCUUGAAAUCUCCCAGCCUGUCAUGCAGGCCCUGCUCAGCUGCUCUCUACGAGGUACCCUUUUGGUGCCAGGUCACAGUACACUUACGGCAUGCUCCUCAGCCCUCCACCCCAACCCCUGCCGCCUGCCACCCUGGUGCCUAGAGGAUGGCCUGGGUGACACUGCUCCCUCAAUACCCUCUGCCCAUCAGGUACGAACUAGGGAAGGGACCUCCACCCUAGUGUAACGGGUUUGGGAAAAAGCCCCCUAAUUCUAGCCAGAUCUUCAUGAGCUCUUACACUCUCCCCCACUCCAAGGUGAGAACAGGUUCACUGCCUUGUCAGCCAGUCAUUGCCCUGCCCUAUCCCAUUGAAGCCAUUCUCAGCUUCCAAACCAUGGGUACAAUUAGAAUCUUCCCUGCCUGGUCUUAAGUCAUGCCAGUGUGCAAGAUCUGAAUGCAACUGACCCAUCCACCCAGUAUCAGGGCCCGACAUACCCGCUCCUUGCCACUGAUCUCCAGUUGGAUCUCUCGGUCCCUCAGCUUCCGCCAGUGGUUAUAGUACCUGGUAAGUGGGGUUCCCUCUUCCCGGGCCCGUUUUUCCCAAGUAUCCUGGGGGUUAGGACAGGUUGGGGUCAUGCCCUACCCCCACAUCUCAGCCACACUUGAGCCAGUGCUCUCUGGCAGUACCCUUCCCUGUCCACCCAACCCUGUCCAGACAUGGCUCCCAACUGACCACUGAGAGCUGGUCAGAUACACCGAAAGACACUUUCUGGCGGCAGCUGCAUAUGUAUUCUGCAUUCUCCUGCACCUUGUCCAGCAGCUGACGCAUCUGCCGGCAGUAGUUGGCCACCUUGCACUCCCGGAGGAAGGACUUCAGCUGCAGAAGGGAGGAGACUCAGCUAGCUCCCACACAGAGCUGCUCUGCACCCAAAGCCCAGGACCCACAUAAGUCACCCACGGUCCUAAGCUCAACAGAAAUGUUUCAGACCCAAGUGCCCACAAAGGGAUUGCAGGGCUAAGGGGUGAAAUCACCCCCACUAAAGGCCCCAUCCUAUCCACUGCCUGUGUAGUAAAUAAAGAUCCACUGCACACAGCA